CGUGCAGCCUAUCGCCAAUUUAUUUAUAGCACAAAUUUUUUAGUUUUCUUUUUGUUUAAAUAUAAACAUAUACAUAACAACUUAUUAGCAAAUUAAUUAUAAAAAAAAACGUUUUUUUUUUAAUACAAAAACCCUGUAUAAAAGACUGCAACACGCAUUACAGUUUCCCAUCCCAACCAUCCAACGUAUUUUGAUCCCGUCAUCAUCGUCGUCAGUGCGAAAAUGUUGAACAUACGUAACAUCUGCUCCCUGGCCAACAAUAAUGCCGCUCUAAUCGCUAUCAGAUCAAUCUCAACGACAGCCAGCUGUCGGGACUCGGAAUCAUGGUUCUCCAAGCUGUUGGUGCGCAAAAUUGAACCCACCAAGGAGUCGCACAGUCGCAUGCUCAGCGACAAGGAAAUCAUCUAUGCCCUCCACACGCAUAAUGUGCGUCCCGAUUCCAUGGGCGCCUACCUGAACAACUACAAGAACACUGUUGGUCUGAUCAAUGACAAAAAGUCGGGUUUGUCGUGCAAUUUGGUUGCCUCAUGGACUGUCCAAGUGGGCGAUAUGGAUCAGUGUCUGCAUUUAUGGAAAUACACUGGAGGCUUUGAGAAGAUCGAUCAGGCCAAGGAGGAUCUGUGGAAUGAUCCCGAGUAUCUCAAGCUGAUGAACGAACGUUCGAAAUUCUUGCGUUCCCGCCAUCUUCAAUAUCUGUUGGCCUUCAGCUAUUGGCCACAAAUCGAGAGUCGCGAGGGCAAAAACAUUUACGAAAUGCGUUCUUACCGCUUGACGCCGGGAACGAUGAUCGAGUGGGGCAACAAUUGGGCGCGUGCGAUCAAUUUCCGUAAGCACAACAACGAGGCAUUUGCUGGAUUCUUCUCACAGAUCGGACGUCUCUAUAACGUGCAUCACAUUUGGUGCUACAAAUCGCUGCAGGAUCGCAAGGAGACCAGAGAGGCUGCUUGGCGUUCUCCUGGCUGGGAUGAAUGCGUCGCUUACACUGUGCCCCUCAUCCGUGAGAUGCACUGUCGCGUCCUUGCCCCCACCGAGUUCUCGCCCUCACAAUAGAGAGAGAGUGAGGGAGGAAGAGAGUGAGGGAGAGGGAAUGUGUCGUCAAGCUGAUAUGUGGAACUGUAGAUCGGCUCUAAACUAGAUUGCUUGUAAAUAAUGACAGCAUUUUUACCGAUGCUCACACACACACACGAACACACACAAACAACCAUUUAUAUAUAUACCUUGUAAUUUCUUAAGAACACAACAACAAAAAAAAAGAAUGCAUUUGUUUUCGAGCGUUUUACAUUUGUUUCCAAAAGAGAGAAAAAAAAGAAAAAAAUCAGCAAACUAAAAGUGAAAUUAAGAAAAAAAACACACACACAUGUUAACGUUAUAUUAUAUACUACUAUAUUAUCUACGAGAAUAAAUCGUAAAUGAAUUUGCAAA